UGUUGCCCGCGUUUCGCUGGCAACGAUUCUGUGUGUGUCAAGGGGGACGCCGACCGUUCGGAAGUUGUCGUCGGCCCUGUGUGUGUGUGCCAGAGUGUGUGUGGACCGCAGAGGAGAGCGCCCGCAAGGUCUCCGGGACCGGGCACUCCCAGGUUCAAGCUAGGGAUGGCGCUCGUGCCAGCACUGCUGCUGCUGCUGGGUGCAGCAGUGGCGGGUGCAGUGGUGCCCUCUCCACCCACCAUGGUGAAACAGCCCAAACACGAGCAGCUGUACCAGGUGUCCCAGUCUCAGGACGAGUUGGACAAGCCAUUCCUGCUCGAGUGCGAAGCUCAGGGCCACCCCGAGCCCACGUACGAAUGGACAAAGAACAACAAGGAGUUCGACUACGUCUCGUACGACAAGCGAAUCUCACAGCAGCCCCGCCGUGGUACGCUCGUCUUCACCAAGCCAGACGACGUCGACGAAGGACUGUACCAAUGCCGCGCGACCAACCUUCACGGCACAUCCGUGUCCAAUUCUGUGUUCCUGCGCAAGGCUGAACUGAACAACUUUGCAGAGGAGACUACCAAAGAAGUUUAUGUGGUGGAGGGUGACCCGCUGUCGCUCGACUGUAACCCUCCCACGGGCUACCCACGACCAAACAUCUUCUGGCUAAUACAGUACUCGAGCGGUGCACUCCGCAAUGUCAACUCAUCACGCAUCACUGCCGAUCCCGAAGGCGACCUGCACUUCUCACGUGUCGAACUGGGUGAUGCACUUUCAGAUGCCGUAUACACAUGCAGUGCCACGUCGGUGUUCAGGCGUGAAUACAAGAUUGGCAACAAGAUCCAGUUGAAAGUGGAGCCAACAUCGAGUGCAGGAAAGGCAGAACACGCUCCCGUCAAGCAGUACCUGUCGCCCCCAAACCUAGUUGCACUUCGGGGCCACGAACUCAAACUCUACUGCAUCUAUGGUGGCACGCCAGCGCCCCAGAUCUCGUGGUCCAAGCGGGGUGCAAACCCCACGUCACGACGCUUCACGUACUCCAAUUAUGGAAAGACGCUAGAAAUUCGUUCAGUGGGCUUCGAGGACGAGGGCACGUACGAGUGCCAAGCCAACAAUGGUGUGGGUGUGGCUCAGACGCACGCCAUGCAUGUCAAGGUGGAAGCAGCACCCUACUGGCUGCGUGUGCCGGACAACACAAAUGCGGCUGAAGAAGAAAGCGUCAGCUUUGAGUGCGCAGCAACAGGCAUCCCUGAGCCCAAACUGCAGUGGUUUGUAAAUGGCGUGCCCGUAGAGAAGGCUGAGCCCAAUGCACGCCGCAAAGUCGAGGGUACGUUGCUUACCAUCGAGGCACUCACCAAACGUGAUACGGCUGUCUACCAGUGCAACGCCUCCAACCCUCAUGGAUAUGCCUUCCGUGACUUCUACCUCAAUGUGCUAGCACUUCCACCAACCAUCACGGAAGCACCUGAACAACUUACACUGGCUGUGGUAACAUCGAGGGUGACUCUGCGUUGCCGUGUGUUUGGAGCUCCACGACCCGAAGUAAAAUGGAUGAAGGAAGCCCAGGAGCUGACCGGAGGCCGCUACCGCGUCCUCGACUCAGGCGACCUACAGAUUGACGACCUGCUAGUCACUGACCAGGGAGAAUAUACUUGCUAUGCCAGCAAUAAAUUUGGUGAUGCUUCGGCAUCUGGGUCACUAGAAGUCAAAGGCAAGACACUCAUCACCCAGCCACCAGAGAAUUAUGAGGUGGCAGCAGACAAGAGUGCAACCUUCCGGUGCAAUGCAGAAGCCGACCCAAGCCUGGAACUACGCAUCGAAUGGCUAUUCAACGGCCAGCCUGUGGACCCAGAGGCAGAUGCACGUAUGGUGCAGGCGGGCGACAACUCGCUCACCAUCACGCGCACCAUUGAGCUCGACUCGGGUAUCUACACGUGCGUGGCACGCACCGAGCUGGACAGUGAUCGUGCACAGGCCACUCUAACUGUCCAGGAUGUGCCCAAUCCACCACAGAUGGUCAAAAUCGACUGCGACGGCCUCAUGGCUCUCGUGGAGUGGAAGCCCACUGGCGAUCGAAGGGCCCCUAUCCUGUCCUACUCCAUUCAGUACAACACCUCCUUCAGCCCCGACACGUGGGAAGAUGCCUUUGUGAACAUACCCGCCCCCGACACAAAGUUUAAGGUGUCCAUGAGUCCCUGGGCCAACUACACGUUCCGGGUUGUGGCUCGCAACAAGAUCGGGCCCUCGCUGCCCUCGGGGGCAUCGUCGAGGUGCACGACUCCUGAAGACGUGCCACACAAGAACCCCGACCGCGUCAUGGGCCGCGGGGACCGCUUCGACAACCUACUCAUCACAUGGACACCUAUGCCUCCCAUUGAGCACAAUGCACCAGCCUUCUUCUACAAGGUACUUUGGAAGCGCGACGACAUCCCUGACGCCACAUGGAAUUCUCGCAUCAUCGAGGACUGGAAGCAGAAUCGACACGUCGAAUAUGGCCAGCCUACGUUUAAGCCGUAUCGUAUCAAAGUCGAGGCCCACAACCGGCGAGGUCAGGCGCACACAGCUGCCACAGAAAUCAUCGGAUACUCGGGCGAGAAUGUGCCAUUGGCUGCUCCUCAGGACUUCAAGCUGGCCAAUGUGGUCGAUGCCCGCACGGCCAACUUCACUUGGAGUCCCGUCAGUCCAGAGUCCGUGCGGGGCCACUUCCGUGGCUACAAGAUCCAGACAUGGACUCCCGACGAAGGCGAAGAGAAGCUGCGAGAAGUGGUGGUGCCGGCGAACGUGACGACGGCGACAGUCAGUCUGUUCCGGCCAUUCUCACGCAACCUGGUCCACGUCCUGGUGUUCAACGACAUGUACAACGGUCCACCGUCAGACAGCAUAGAAUUCACAACACCCGAGGGUGUUCCGGGGCCCGUGGCUUCGUUCGAGGGUAUUCCAAUGGGCUCGACAGGCAUUUACCUGCUCUGGAAGCGCCCACUGGAGACCAACGGUGUGCUGACAGGCUACCACAUUUACUAUGAGGAGGUGCGUGGCACCCAGCUUGGGCCCAAGAUGGAGCGACAGCCACCUGUGCGUGACCCCCUGGAGUCACGAGCCAAACUGGCAGGCCUCAAGCCACGCACCAAGUACCGGAUUACAAUCCACGCAGCCACUGCACAGGGCCAAGGUGAUCCCAACUUCAUUGAGCUGGAGACGGCCGAUGAGUCCGAACGUGUCCCAGACAUGCCCGACUUUACCUGGGCCUACCUGCCGGAUCGCGAUGGACAUGCAGCUGUGCAGGUGACGUGGUUGCCAGCCAUGGCAGGCCACCCGGGCAGCCACUUCUAUGUUCAGUACCGGCGCAAGGGUGACGAGACGUGGGAGACCACCAUGGUGGAGAAGAACGAGGACAACAUCCUGGUCAAGGGCCUGGAGACAGGCGCCCUGUACGAGAUGCGAGUCAUUGCUGUCGACGGCAAACACCAACGACCUUCGCGAAUCGAGGAGGUCGAGACUGGAGGCCUUGCCAUCCGGGCGCCAGGCAGUCCCGACGCAGUGGCUGGUGCAGCCUGGUUCAUUGGCAUGAUGUGCGCCCUGGCCCUGCUCCUGCUGCUUCUCAUCCUCGUGUGCCUGGUGAAGCGUAACCGUGGUGGCAAGUACUCGGUCCACGACAAGGAAGUGGCCCAGGGUCGAGACCUUGACUAUGACGGAGGCUUCCACGAAUACACUAAGCCUGCCCAGCAGGCACCGGUGCGUGGCAGUCGUACUUCGCUGCACUCUAGCACCAAGGAGAGCGACAGCGACAGCAUGGCUGAGUACGGAGAAGGUGACCCGGGUCAGUUUGGCGAGGAUGGCUCCUUCAUUGGCGAGUACGCCCCCAAACGCCGGCAGCAGCAGCAGCUGCAACAGCAGCGGCCACCCGAGACCACAUCCCCUUCGGCUUUGGCCACGUUUGUCUGAAGCUCUCUUUGGCUUUGCUCUCCCGUGGUCUCUCUCCACUGGCUGCACCCAUUCUCACCCUGCAGUCGCCUGCCAUUCCGAAUCGCAGCCGAGCAAGGUCUAGGAAGGCGCUCAGAGCUGCAGCCCAUAUAGUGGAUGAUAGCCCUCAAGCGUGUGGGCAUUAUUGCAUCACUGCCUUUGGCAUAGCCGAGUGAUUCUAAACAACAGGGACGUCCUUUAGGGUAACUUAAUGAAAUUGGAAUUUGAGCACACUUUCUGGACAAGAUUGCGCAAUUGCGCAAUUCUGAGAGGGCAUGCUAAACACUCUUUGAAGGUUUUAUUCCUUUCUGAGGAGUAUUUUAGUAUUUUGGCAACACGCAAAAUAGCAUUCCCUCCAACUAAUAACAUUGUGCUUGUCUAAGUGCCGGUGAUAGGAAAGCACUGGGCACACACACACACACCGGUGAAGGAAACGCAAUGCCCGUGAGAGUGACGGCUAUCGUUGUGCACCUUAAAAAUGUUCCACUUUCUCGUGGUGUAGUGUUGUCCUACAGUGAUAAUUGCCAUGAUUCUCAGAUUCCUUUACUUGCAUUGACUCAGUGUGGCCAGUGCCUUCCUCCUGUCACCAUCUGCCUGCACACAUAUAGCAUUGCUGGCCGAUACUCAUUGGACAGGUACGGUAAAGAAGAGUGGUGACAGUUAUUACCGUGCGGCAAAAGUACACUCUUAAGAAACGUUUACCCCAAACAAAAAUCAUCACCUAUCUCGCAUGCACUUCCUUUAUUUAACACUGCACUCCCACUACUUCCAGGUCACAAACAGCAUGUGCAUAUCAGCAUGAUGUUCCUGACAGGAAAGGGCCGGGUGACUAGCGCUAAAGAAACGAAGUACACUCAAGAUAGGUGACAAUUAUUUUUUGGGCACAAGAUAAACUUCCAACGAUGUAAAACUUUCUUUAUUGUGUACAUCUCGAGAAGAUGCAACACUUUUAAAGUGUGCCGAAAGUACACCUCAAAGAAACAGGGGCGUCACGAACUGAUCAGCUCGAGGGAUAUGUGGAAUACCUGAGUGUGCGCUGCGCGUGGUACGGGGUGCAGCCAGUGGAAGAGGCUACGUGCUGCUGGUUGGCUUCCUUGCGCUGUUGCCGACCCUGCGCGGGCCCCUGGCACAAAGAGUUGCCGUCCUCCGCGGUCACAAGGCCCCGAGGAGAGGAGUGGUUGGGGGGGCCCAAGCACAGACCCGGGCUUCAGCCUCUUGCAGUGCACAUUCCAUUUAGAAUCUUCUGUAGACAAGCCUAGUGCGUUCCUUUCCAUGUCCUGUUUUCUUUUACGAGUCUUUAUCGUCUCCAAGAGGCUAUCUGCGCUGUUUUUAGUUUGUAAAUAGUAUGUGCGUUUUUCAUGUUUUUAGAUGGCACCACACACACACACACAAAACAAAAUGCAAGGCAGCUGCUCUUACGCUAGCUGAUCUCUGUUCCUCUGUGCCCGGAGCUUUGAAGAAGGCGCGCCGUCUGCCACUGCUGUUGUGUCGUCCUCAUUCAUUGCUCUGGAAGGAACUAUGGGAAGGGAAGGGUGAGGCAGUUUGGGUGCAUGCUUCGGCUGUCCACCGCAAACUGAUGGCCAUGCUGCGAAGGCUGCAGCGUUGCGCCACUUUUGUUGUGAAGAGGUCGAGAUCUGAGGACAGGGAAUCUCGUAACUAGAGGUUGGCAGCAUUAUAAUAACCUCAUUUUUAGGGUCAGUGCUUCUCACGACUACAGGUUCGCAGCAUAAUAACCUUGUUUUUACAGUCGAACAAAACAACCUGCCAGGAUGGCCACGUUGGAAAGUCGGACAAAAGGUGGCACACAAGGCGCGUGGUUGCCUGCUAUCGAGUAUUACUAGUAAUUUUAUUAAGGUGCGACGGUUUUCCCCAAGUGUUGAAAUUGCACACUUGAGAAUUUAACUUAAAAUCUCAACCAACUCAGCUGGACUUUGCACAAUCACCUACCUCCAGUCGCAGGCAAAAGUACCAGAAUCUCAUAACAUUCCUAAAGCUGUGUGGUAACACAGGCGCUCUCUUUAACUAUUUACUUUUGAGUUCAUCCAAAGUAAAACACGCUUUGUUCAAAUGCUCAGAAGUUAGUUAAAGAAAGCCUUGAAGGCAUCGAAGUUGAUAACUUGUGCCUGACGGACAUCAUGUAUGGUAGAUGUACGAAGCAGCACCCAAGCCAUCCAGUGCAAACACAAAGGGCAAGCAGCUAUGACGUUUUUUCUCACUGCCUAAGCGAAACUUAAGAGCAAGUUGUCAUGUAGGGCAUCUGUUCACACGCGACAUUGAGGCCGCAGUGUCGCUGGCAUCUUCUUUUACACACAUAUUUUAUGUUUCUCAUAUCUGCACUCCUGGCUCAUUUGGCCAGGCCUCAUGGUGCAAUGGGCAGCUAUGAUGUAGCGCUGUCCUGUUGGGUGCGCAGCGGUAUUUGCACUGAGAGGCCGACGAAUCUCAUUUUGUUUUAUUGCCGAAUCUCAUAUUUUCUUCCACGUGUAUGCGUUGUGAGUCAGCUGUUUCUUAUUGGAGUACCUUUCUCGCCUAGUAGGUAGGGGUACAUGACGUCGCGCCUUCUUUCUAGUUAUUUUUUUUUUCUACCCUAUGUCCUCUGUACGCCAAUGAUGUCUGCUGUGUGGUAGGUAUUACAUGUCCACUUUUACUAUGUGACGUGGUGUACAUGGGUUGCAGAUCUGUAUUUUGAGCUUUGUGAAAGACGGCACGAUUGAAACAAGUUGUGUUAUUUUGCUGGAAGAAAAUAAAGAACUGGCGUUCCGCUACA